AUGUCCACAUCCGGGACCAUGAGGGGUACUCCAAACCGCACACCAGCUCGAGGAACAUUACCAGUCUUUACCGGCUCGGCAAGUUCAUCGCCAUCUCAUAAUUCCCGACCAUCUGUAGACUCUUAUCAAACCGGCAUGUUCGACUUAGGAGGCUCAACAAUGAGUGCCAGCAGACAAAAACAGACUAAAAGAGAUGAGGCGAUACGAAGGAAAAUCGAGACGGACUUGAGCAAAAAAAAGCAUACAUCUGGUAGAGCUCGACCAACACGCAAGGCGCCUGCAGGAACAGUUCUAGCUCUUCGUCCGAGUCAAGCCCUUCAAAUGAAACCCAAUACAAUUGUAUCGGAAGCUGCCCAACUAAUGGCUGCAAAGAGAGAAGACUGUGUACUUGUUACCGACAACAAUGACCGGAUCGCAGGUAUCUUCACAGCAAAAGAUCUUGCAUUCAGAGUCGUCGGUGCAGGAAUAAAAGCCAGUAACGUCACUAUCGCGGAGAUUAUGACCAAAAACCCACUAUGCGCAAGGACAGACACAAGUGCUACUGAUGCUCUGGAUUUAAUGGUACGAAAGGGCUUUCGCCACCUUCCUGUGAUGGACGAAAAUCAAGACAUAUCAGGUAUACUCGACAUUACUAAAUGCUUUUACGAUGCGAUGGAGAAGCUUGAGAGAGCAUACAGCUCGUCGAGAAAACUUUAUGACGCUUUGGAAGGUGUGCAAUCAGAACUCGGGUCAAGCCAGCCACAGCAAAUCAUUCAGUAUGUCGAAGCUCUUCGUUCUAAAAUGUCUGGGCCUACUCUAGAAUCUGUGCUCGAUAAUACCCCGCCCACAACUGUAUCUGUUCGUACAUCCGUCAAAGAGGCUGCAGCCCUCAUGAGGGAGAAUCACACAACUGCGGUACUUGUUCAAGAUCAGGGAUCUAUCACUGGAAUUUUCACCAGUAAGGAUAUCGUGCUACGUGUAAUUGCACCAGGGUUAGACCCAGCGAAUUGUAGCGUUGUUCGUGUCAUGACACCCCACCCUGAUUUUGCCCCCAAGUCAAUGAGCAUCCAAGCAGCACUUAGAAAAAUGCAUGAUGGUCAUUACCUCAACCUUCCAGUUAUGAACGAUGGCGGAGAGAUUGUUGGUAUGGUAGAUGUUCUAAAGCUUACUUAUGCCACUCUAGAACAAAUCAACAGCAUGUCUACAGGUGACAGCGAAGGGCCUGCAUGGAACAAAUUUUGGCUAUCUCUCGACAAUGACACUGAAUCUGUCAUGUCCGGAGACGGAAGCGUCCACUACACUGCAGGCACUAGAUCUCACAUAAGAUCGCCAGAGAUGUCACGAGGCUUGGAACGAACAGUUGAUCCAAGCGUUGCCCCUGGCGACUCUGCUUCACACUUGGGUGCUGAAUCAGGUGAAGUUCCAGAGAUAAACUUACCAGCUGAAGAAGUCCCCUUCCCAUUUAAAUUCAAAGCUCCAAGUGGACGUGUUCAUCGGAUUAAGGUUAUUGCAGCACUAGGCGUUUCUGAACUUGUUGCUGCUGUUACUGCCAAGCUUGGUAUGGAGAUUGGGAUGAUAGGUGGUCCUCCGGCAGUUGAAAACGGCAAACUAGCGAAUUCUGGAUUCGCUCUUAGUUAUUUGGAUGAUGACGGGGACUCUGUUUCCAUAACUACCGAUCAAGAUCUCUUAGAGGCUAUUUCACUGGCCCGCCAAGGCCAGCGCGAUAAGGUCGACCUAUUUGUCUAUGACUCAGAGAAGCCACCUUACAGUUGUACGCCAGACCUGAACUCCAUGGGCCCUCAAGAAAAAAUCAAACUGCCACCAACUGUUCCAGAGGAGGCUACCUCCGAGGAAGAUGAGGAGCCAGUUGCAGCUAAAGCGCGCAAGACACAAUCUAACCAAUCCUCUCUGCAAGCCAUACCCGGAGUUCCCAACGAGUUAUUACUACCAGGGGCCAUUUUUACUCUUGCGAUAGUAAUUGUGGGGGUAUUUACUCUCACCAGAGUAACCAAUCGUCAUUAG